AUGGCGGUGCUGUCUGCCACUGAGAAAGAGCUUCGAGCCAAAAUGCAUCCGGAUGUGGAGCGAGUCACUAAGGGCAAGGCCCUAGCUUUGUUUCGCGAGCUUCUUGAGGAAACAGGCUUUCCCGACAUGUCAGUGGUCGACCUUCUUACCGACGGUGUGCCCUUAGUUGGUCAGGAAGCUGAGUCCCCUUUGUUUGCAAAGCGGCCGAAGCCCAUGGACCUUGAGCCAGAUCAGCUUAAAGCCCAGGCCCUACUGCGGCGGCGCGCAUUGCAGAAGAUGAAAGGACUUGCUUCCGAGCAGGAUUACAAGGCGAUGAAAGAUGAGACUUCCGAGGAACUGGCAGCGGGUUUCCCCACGGGUCCAUACCACUCGGAGCAGGAAGUCAGCGACAUCUUGAAGACCGAUGCUUGGUCGCUCUCGCCUCGUUUCCUGUUGAGGCAGGGCGAAGACGCCAAGAUAAGGAUAAUUGACGACUUUAAAAUGUCGGCGGUUAACAGGGCCUUUGGUUCCUCGUCUUUCCUAGAGCUUCAGGAUACGGAUUACGCGGUCGGCCUCCUGAGGUUCCUUUCCCGUGUGCUGCAGGAUCGCUCCAAGGUCCGGGUCCCCUUGUCUGAUGGCACCGUGCUCGAGGGGGACUGGGAUCCCGAGAUGCUCCGCCAGCCCGCUCUGCUCGGUAAGACGCUGGACUUGAGUAAGGCCUAUCGCCAGGUGAGCAUCCAUCCUUCCACGAGGGAGCACGCUGUUCUUGGCUUCCCCGACCCACAAGGCAAGUGGGAAUUUUACAUAGCCCAGAGCCUGCCAUUUGGAGCUGCUGCAAGCGUGUAUGGGUUCAACAAAGUAGCACUUGCGAUUCUUCACAUCAUGGUUGUCAAGUUCGCUGCAAUCACGACCGACUUUUACGACGACUACACUGUAUAUGAAUUUCGCCCAGCUGCAUUCCUGCUGGACAAAGUCCUGAUGAGGCUGCUGGACCUGCUAGGGUGGACCUACGCGAAGUCUGGGCGGAAGUUUGUGCCGUUUGACAACAAGGUGGUCUCCUUGGGUGUUUCUUUGGGCCUUGACGAGAUAUGGGGAGGCACUCUCAAGGUCGAGAACAAAGCGGGACGUCUUGAAAAGAUUUCGGAGCUCCUCCGAACAGUCGCCCAGGGCGGAGCUGUGACGAGAUCUGAUGUGGCCUCGCUGCACGGCUUGAUCAACUUCGCAGGUGGACUGAUUAUGGGCUUCGAGCUGAAGCCAACGUCGCGAAUGCUAUCCCGGGCCUUGUCGGGGCCUUUCCAAGGCAGUACACUCGAACUUCGACUGGCUUGUGCGUUAGCUCUGGAUGUCAUUGCGCAGUGCAGGCCAAAGCGGUGCCCAGCUACAAUUCUGCCGCCGAUUGUGCUCUACACUGAUGGAGCCUUCGAGAAGGGGCGAGGUACCUGGGGCGCGGUUCUUGUAGAUGCUUACACGGGCUCCCGAUGGGUCUUCGGGGGGGAAGUCUGCCAGCCGCUAAUGGGUCACUGGGGCAAGGAAGCUGGGGCCCAAGUGAUUUGUCAGGUUGAGGCCUAUGCUCUGGCAAUAACCUUGUUCGGGAUUCGCGGAGUGCUGAAAGGUCGCUCAGUCUUGGCAUGGAUUGACAACAACGCCUGCCUUUAUGGUUUCGUAAAGCGAUACUCCCCCUCGGCCUCCAUGAUGCGCCUCAUCUCCUUGGUGGCUUUGAUGGAGAGUUCCAUGGAGGCGCUUCUCUGGUUCGAGCGGGUCCCCUCUAAGAGUAACCCGGCGGACCUCCCAUCGCGGGGGCAGUUUGCAGAGGCUUGUGAGCGCUUUCGGGCCAUAAACAAAGGUGAUGUGGCAGCCACAGAUACGAUGAUGGACUUCGUUCGUGCUCCCCACUACGAGCCUAAGCUGGCUCAGGCAAUUCUUACAUCGGCUAGGCUGGAAGCUGAUUGGGCACAGGAAGAUACUGUAAACUGCAAGGAGACCAGAGAAACAUCAGAGCUUACAAGGUGGAUCGCGACUUUAGGCCACAGCGAGGUCACACUGCGCAGUGACCCAGAGCCGGUGUGUUUGUCGUUGCAAAAGCUUGUGCAAGCCCAGCGUCUUCGACUUGGAUUGCGGACCCAUCUUGAGCAGAGUGAGCCUGAUGAUCAUGCGGCCAAUGCGGCCGAACCUGCGGUCGAGACCCUUCGACAGCUGACCAACACGUUGCUUUCUGAGUUUGAGUCCCGUGCAGGUGUCAAGGUGGCAUCGUUAGAUGCAAUGCACGCAUGGGCAUGGCGGCAUGCAAGCUUCAUUCAGCAGCGGUUCACCAGAUCGCAAGGCCAGACUCCGUUCGAGCUGGCAUGUGGGCGGCCCUAUCAGGGCAAGCUUGUGUGCAUUGGUGAGACAGUUUAUGGAAGAGUUAAAAGUGCUGUGAAAGGGCAACCCCGAUGGGGCAUAGGUUUGUGGUUGGGAAAACUUGGGUGUAGCGACGGCCACAUAGUCUUCACUGCUUCGGGACAUUUUCUUGCUUGCAGGUCGAUUCGUCGCUUACCGCAAACUUACUUGAGGAGUGCUGAUUUUGCAAAGCGCCUGCAUGAUCAUCCCUAUUCCCAGGCUGCUUUUCUUGCGGGCCAAGUUGGACAGUGCAGGCCGCAGAAAACACGUGAUGCACAACAAGCACCCCCAGAGCCACAGCCAGAUGAGAGUGCCCCGGCCGGUGCGGAUCCACUUCCGUAUCCUGGCUAUGUUCUUCCUGACAGUGCACCGCUGAGUGAACUUGUGCCACCACCCGCCAUCAGAAGUGAUUUUGUGCCAGAGCCACCGACGCCCAUGCAGGAAGACAGUGGACCUGUCACGCCAUUGCAGCCAGCUCCUUCCGAUGCAGAGGUUGUGAGUUCGCCUCUGGCUGUAGUGCCGGACGCUGAGGUGUUAGCCGAGGCGCCAAAUGCUGAUCGUGCCACGGGAUCGUCCGAUCCUGCUUCUUCGUCUGAGCCAGCGGCUGUACGUGUGCCUACCAGGGCUGCUGAGCCGAGUGCAAACGAGCCACGCAAGCGGCUUCGUCUUGACGCUGUGACGUUUGAAGGUGUCGACAUGUACCACAACCACGAGGAGAAUGAUUUUGAAUUUGAGGGUGAAAUUUUAGAGGAUUUUGAUUAUGCCGCGGAGGCCGAUGGAGCCCAGGAUGACACGCGGCCGGAGUCAAGCAUUCCUGAGUGCUUGUUGGUCCCUUGGAGUGAGCAUGAGCCAGAGCUGAGCGCUGAGCAGCUUGCACAUGUAGAUGCAGUUGCAAUGCAGUUUGAGAUUGAUCGUCUCCAUGGGAUUCCUGCUCUUGAGCGCUGUGCACAGAUCCUGCCAGAGCACAAGCACUUGACCACUCGUUUUGUGGUAACAUGGCGCUGCAAGACCAUUGCAGGUUGCACAUACUGGCUCCGGCGAGCCAGGCUUGUGGCCCGUGAUUUUGCAUUUUUGUGCCCAGGCCGUACCGAUCUGUUUUCCCCUGCAUCGAAUGCUCUGCAAAGCAAGAUCAUCCCAUGUGUCUUCAUUGACAACUACCAUAACGGGUGGCAGUUGGUAUCAUUAGAUGUUACGGAUGCUUACUUGAAUUGCCCGCAGGCAGAGGACACAUGCACAAGUGUCAUGAUCAAUGGUGAACGCUUGUAUUUCAAGCUCCUCAGGCUCCUUCCGGGCCAGCGGGAAGGGAGCCAGACCUGGUUCUACCAGUUCACCGAUGCGCUGAAAGUCGGAAGCCGUGUCGAGCUGAUGCAAGAGGUGCCAUCGCUGUUCAGGUUCCAGCCUGAGGACGGCGGAGGCGGGGGACUUGUGCACGUCGAUGAUUUGCUUGGCACAGGACCUGCAAGUGUGAUCAAGUGCAUGACUGAUCAUCUUGAAAGGGAUUACAAAGUGACUGUGAAUUUGAUUUCGGUGCCAGGCCAAGAGGUUCAUUUUCUUAAGAAGCGGCAUUAUCUUUUGUCGAGCACAGAGUUGCUGAUUGAGGUGAGCCCAAAACACUUGGAAAAGUUGAAAUCUUUGUGCGGCCAUCCCAAGCACCGAAAAUCACCUCUCCCGUCCGGGCGGUUGCCCACGGAGAAGGAGGACGAUGCACAAUUGUCCCAGGAUCAGGCAUUUCGCUUUCGAUCAGCCGUUGGAGUGUUGCUUUACCUGCAGUCAGACCUCCCGCACGCCAUGCACAGCAUUCGCCACCUGUCAGGCUUUAUGUCGUCCCCGACCGUUGGGGCAUGGGCAACCCUGCGGCAUUUGGUUGGUUACUUGAGUGCCACUGAGGGGUACUGUGCAUGCCUUACGGCCGGAGGCAUCGGACACGGUGUGCAAGUGCACCGCCCAGGGAUCAAUGUCAUCGAGACGUUUAGUGAUGCUGACUGGGGUGGAUGCCGAUCCACCCGACGCUCUGUCUCGUCGUCUGUGAUUCUUUGCAACAGCAAGUUUAUCCAUGCAGCGUCCAAAACGCAAAAGUCGAUCGCACUAUCCAGUGCGGAAUCCGAGUUUGGUGCCGCGGUGUCAGCCGCGAUAGAUGGAACCCUUGUUUCAAGCAUGAUGCGGUUUGUGUCUCCAGAGCCAACGACACCACCACUCUUGAUGAUUGACAAUUCCGCCGCCCGCGCGAUCCUUCAACGCGCCGGGGUCGGGCGUGUGCGCUAUCUUGAUGUGAAGUUGCUAUGGACGCAACAACGGGUUGCGGAAGGAUUGCUGGAGGUGCUGCCGGCACCCACGCGUACCAAUGUCGCGGACAUUGGCACGAAGCUCCUUGGUGUGCAGCGCACGGAGUUUCUGCUUGGCCUGAUUGGGUUUAGAGAUUCCCGAAAUGGUUAUGCUAGGGUUGGAGAUGCAAUCUUGAGCACAGAGCACAAUGUCCAGGCCAUUCGCAAUGUGUGCAAGGAUCUGUCUAAGAUCGCAAAGGGUGAUGCCACGGCAAACACCGCCCGCAUCCUUAGUGUUAUCUUGAUUGCCAUGCAGGCAACUGGAAGCCUGGGUGCAGAGGAUGGCGAUGAUGCCAAGGACGACGAUGCGACUUUGACCAUUCUUGAUGCGAUUCUUGAAUCCUUGGUGCAGAUCGUCGGCUAUGCAUCUGCAGUGUAUGAAGCAUACCCUUCGACAUGUGUUGCGGUGUGCCAGUGCGUUGCAAUCACUGCAUUCUUGAUGUGUGCAUUCAUGUGUUGUGGCCGACGGAUGACAGAUGUUCCAGAGGCAUCUGUGCAGGUGCGCAUCGCGUCUGGAGUUGCAGUUGAUGUCCGAACAUCCCGAAGUGAGCCCAAAGCCAAGGCUGGUGAACAGGUGCGUGGAGCGCGGCCCAAAACCGCGAGUCGACCGAAGAUUGAUGACGACGAUGAGCGAGCCCAGAGCCCUGGUGCGCACGAGGUCCAUGCAGGCAGACCAGGGUCAUCCAGCGAUGUGCUGCGAUCGAACAGCGAAGCCAGUGAGAGAUCCGAGAAGAUUCCGAGAGCGCGCCCGAUUCCGCAGCGCCGGGUGCCCCAAGCCCGAAGCGCAGACGGCGUGUGGAUUUCGACAAGCCAGGGAUACGCUUAUCAUAAAGCUACAUGUGGCAAGCUGAACCAGUCGCUUGGCGUCACCGAGGUGUCGCGAGCAGUUGCUGAGGAGCGCGGCGGCUACCGCGCGUGCCGCAUAUGCAAACCUUGA